GUUCUGGGAGUACAGGCAUGAACCACUGUGCUCAGCCCUUUCUUUUUUCUUUAAAUUAUACUCUUGUGUUAUCCCUGUAGUGUUCUCAAGUACAGUCCAAAGCGGAGCUAUAUUCAAAUAAUUAUUUUUUUACAUUAGUUUUUCUGUGUGGCUCAGGCUUUUUUUAAACAGAGAAAUUCCAUCAGAUCUCAUCAGCUUCCAUCCUAAUGUUACCUUAUUUAAGUGUCUUCCUGUGUCCUGACUUGGGCCGACUAGUAUACAUUUUACUUCACUGUGUUUUACAUGUAUCAUAAUUGUUUCAGUUCAGGGCAGUACUCUAACUUUUAAGAGUUUGAAAACUUUGCUCUGGGGCCUUCUUGUGGGGCAUCUGAGAGUCUUCUGAACCAUUGCUUCUGAAAUGCAGUUGCUUUCUGGGAUUCCCAGGCAUUGGGAAGCUGUCUCUUUGAUGGUGACAUUUCUAGGAAUCAGGGCAGGACUCCCUACCCCAGCUGGGGUCCUUCCCAAGCCCUCUCCUUAGCAUCUUGCCAAGAGCAGCACCACCUGUGUGUCUCUCCCUGACCAGAGUUGACAAGAGAGCAGUUCAGGGAGGUAUGAGAAGGUACCUGGGGAUCUCUGCCCAGUGGAUGAGGGAUUGCGGUGGCCACUGUGGUGGCCGCAUCCCAUGCAGGAAUGUCCUUCUGUCCUGGUGGGAAGGUACCUCCCAUAUAUUCAUGUUAACAAGGGUGAGAUACCGCCCUGUGAGCUUCCUGAGCGGGAGAUGCUGAUGGUGAACCUCACGCCUUGUUGAGUGCAGGCAGCCCAGCCACUUCCUACCCUCGCCGCACGCCCCUCCGCCUCUCAGACGCCAUACUGCCUGCUUGGUUCCAGGUGACUUUUCAGCACGUCCUCAUCUAUUCCCUUUUCCUCUUCUCGUCUUUUGGUUAAAAGGCCAGGCUGGGGACAAGGAUUGUUCUGCACUAAAAAAGACAGGCAGCGCUGAGAUGAAUCUUGGCAACCUGUUCAAAUUUUGAUCUGGGAGAAGCUGUGGGUUGGAGAUGGGGCUGGGGGGUAUUGGUUGGUUCAAACUGCAGAGAGCUCGGCUGGCUAUGCAGUCUUGAGCUAAAGAGCUCUGAGGCUCUGACCUGAAAAUUAUGCUUUGGGAAAUAAACAUUGAGGACGUAGCCCUGGCAAAGAAAGGAGUGCUGAGUGGGAGAAACAUGGAUCUGAGUAGCAUGGUCUUUAAUGAAAAUUCGAACCCUUAUACUUUGGAAGCCGGGGUGUGUUGGAACAGGGUGGGAUAGAACAGUCUGUGGUUUCUCUUAUCUGUACACUCCUUGAGGGCAUGACUCUUAGCAUCCCCAGCGCCUGCUGCUCCAUAAAUAGUUGCUCAAGUGAUUUGAAUGUUAGAUUUCUUUUCUUUGACUGGAAAGGACAUUAGAAACCUAACUUCCUCAUUUUGGGAGGGCCCAGGCCGGCUAAGCGGCCUUGCAGAUCUCAUAGCCAGUCCUUGGCAUGGUGGAGCUCUAGCCCCACCUUCUCCCCUUGUGAGGGGCAUAUCUCGUUAUAUCAUGUUGUUCUUCUAAUUAAGUCGUGGAUAAUGUCUGUGGCAUACUUAAUUUCUAAUUAGACUACUUUAUGGAUCAAUUUGCAUUUAAUGUUAAAUCUAAUGUGGAAAUCAUUAAAAACUUAGAUCCCCAGGGAGAGGAAUAGGUACUUAGUCCAUGCCUAUUAAAAAUAACAAGUAUAGGCCCUGUGUUAAUGCAUGAGGCUUUUUAUGUGGAAUGGGAAAAAAUGAGUAGAAAAUGCAGAACAUGUAGGUAGCCUGUGUGCUUGUGAAAUGGGGAAACAGGUAGCGUUCAGGUCAGACUUUACAAUGCUUGUAGGAACAGCUGCAACAGGUAUCAUUUCCUACAGCUUUACUGUGUGUCAGGCCCCUGGUGCAUCCUUUAAAUACAUUCUUUUAUUUAAUUCUCAGAACAACUCCAUGAGGUGAACAUUGUUAUCCCCCUUUACAGAUGAGGAAACUGAGGCUCGAGAAGUGAAGCUCUCACAGUCAGUUGCAGGUGAAGGCAGGAUUUGCAUCCUGGCCAGUUUCCUUUCAGAGUCAGCUCUUGACUAGACUGUGAGGUGCUUCUGUGGGUGCCCAGUAAUCAUAACCAGUAGAACUUUGCAGGUGGUCUGAGGUCAGAGCCCAUUUGAUUCUUAAGUGCUUGCUGCUGCUAGUAAUUCGAGGGAGGUCAUCAGCACCUCCUUUUAUGGCUUUAAGGGAGAGAUAAGUGCCCUGAGGUGCCAAGCCAAGGCUCUCUCGCAGCAUCCUUGGGCUAAAGGGACAGUCCUCAGUGUCUGCAGUGUCUGAGGUCGGUACCUCUUCUGGGAAGCUUCUCAGAGUUAACUCAUCCAUCACCGUGGAUCUUGUGUGUACCUCGGGUUUCCUUUGGACCAUGUAAUCUUUAUGGGUUGGACUUCUAUUUCUUUUAUUUUCUAUGUUUGUCUGCUCCGUAUUUAGUUAGAUGUUAGAUGGUAAAGAAUGUGGUUUUGAGUCCAGACUCUCACUUAAUGUCUGGUGUUAUCAGGCAAACCUCAAUCCUUGCUAGUUACUGGUCUCCCUCUCGGGUAGUUGUGAGGUUUCCUUGAGGACACGUGACUGUGGAAGUGCCUGGCCAGUGCAUGGUGUGCACUCGGGAAAGAAGCGUGCCCUCUUGCUCUCUCAUUGUCUCCUCCUGUAGGAACAGUAUCAGUUUUGUGAUUAGAUGACUGGGUCCAGGGGCACCCACAUAUUUUUCUGGCUCUUGCUAGUGCUUACUAUUCGUUUAUUCAGCCAUUAUUUACAAGGGCACAGUGUCCUCAGGCCCUGCUCUAUCCCCCAUGUCCUGGAGCUGGCUCUGCAGUGGGUGGGGUGAGGGGGGUAGGCAAACAGGCAAACAAAGUCUUACAUGUAGUUAGAUGCCGAUACUGUCUACCAGCUCACUCAUUCAUUCACCUAUCCUUUCAACAGACAUUUUUGAACACCUGUUAUGCUCCCAGCAUUAUGUUAGCAUGGGGCACGUGAAAUUGGAUAAUGUCUGUUAGCCCAGGAAUUAUUUCACCAGAAACAAAGGUCUGGAAAACAUAGAUCACUCUCUUGUGUUCUUCCACAUUGAACAUUUUAACUCUUUGGGGUUAAAUAUUCAUUUGAACAAGUGCAAACUUCUAAAUUUGCUUCCCCCCCACAUACAGCAGAUUUUUCUAUGUGGGUAGGGAGAUGGCCAUGUGAAUUUAGGAGUUUGCAGUUAGCAGAUGUUUGCAUCAUCUUAGACUAGCGCUUCUCAGAUAUUUCCCUGAGCAUGAGAAUUGCUUGGGAGGCUGGUUAAAUUCACAUUUAGGCACCUCACUCCCAAAUAUUCUGAAUCACAGGUCUAGGUCGGGGCCAAUCGUCUGAGCUUUAACUUGCAAGUGCAGGUGAACUGGUUGCAGGUGGACUAUGAACACACAUAGAGGAAACAGUGUCAGAUUCACACAGUACUGGAAGAAAGUUUAAGCUCAUCAUUUUAUUGAGGAGGAAACUAUUUCUCGGGAGGGGAGGGGCCCAGGCAUUAGAAGCAACAGUGGACAGGAUGGGCCAGGGCUUCAGAGUGGAACAGACCUGGAGUCUCAUGUUGUCUCCACCAUCCUGUAGCCGCAUGCAGACAGCUUUGGGUAGGCCGUCCAGUUUCUCUGAGCUUCCCCUUCCUCAUCAGCCUGCCUUGCUGGUGGGUCAUGCUGAAACAUGUGAUUGGAAGCAUCCAGGCAGAGCACAAGACUAGGUAUUGGUGCAUGCUAAAAAAAAUAACAUACAUACUGGUUUCCCUAAUUCCUGAUUCAUUCUUUGUGAGUUGAACUGCUGCAUAUAAACCCCUUGAUUUCUCUCUCUUUUUUUUAUUUCUCUCCAAAAAAUACUAUAACCACAAUAAAAGAAAUCAAAGAGAAGAGAGGAAAAAAGCUCAUCCACAGAGCUGCCACCCUAACACAACUGUUUCAUUUUAACUUUUAGCCCUUGUCUGUAUGUAGGCAUAUUUCUAUAUAGCUGUAAUCAUCUGUAAACUCAAUUUUGUAUUAUGCUCUUUUCAGUAAACCUAAGUAAAUGCUUUCCAAAUGGUUACGUAGUCUUCAAAAUGAUUUUUAAUGGUCUUACAAUCUAUCAUUCCACAGGCUGAAUUUACUAAACCAUUUAUUUACUAUUGGACAUUUAGAUUUUUUUUUCCUACAGUUUUGUGCUAUUAUAAGUAAUACUUUGAGGUACAACUUCAUCCUUAUUGUAGAUUAUCUUCCUUAGGGUGAAUUCCCAAGAGCAGUAUUUCUAGGUUAAAGGGCACAAAUAUUUUUCUGGCUCCCAGUGGAUGUUGCUAAAUUAAAUUGCUUUCCAAAAGGGUUGUACCAGUUUACAAUGCCACCAGCAGUGCAUGAAGGUACCAAUUUCAACAUCUUGGCCUGAGUUGGAUAUUGGAAUUUUUACAAAGGUGUGGCUCAGUGGUGCAUGAUUGUUUAAUUGGUAUUUCUUAGAUUAUGGUAAGGUUGGGUAUGGCUUUAUUUAUUAUUAUCUUUUUAGAUUUUAUUUAAUCUUUUUUGUUUUCUUAUAGUGAGAACCUAGCUGGUUGAGGUCAGAUUUUCUGUGUACAAUUUUUUAGAUUCUUGGAUUUUAUAGUUCAAAAACCAAACUAAUAAAACCGAAAAACCCAGAGUCCCUCUGUAUAAUAAUAACUACUUAGGACAUAUUUUAUGGUUGGAUUAACUGUUCGUGAUCUUUACUUCCUUAUAGGUCACAAGUUAAUAGGGUGAUAUUUGGAGGGUAGAGGGGCUUUUCCUCUUCUUAGAUUCUCCUUUGUUCUUUCUUUCCCUCCACCAUCCCCCCAUUUCCUGUCUCUCCCCUCCCCUGUGUGCACUGUUUUUGUCUCUUUGGAGAUAAAAUGUAAAAGGAUCAUUUUAGUCAUGCUCUUUCAACUUAAAAAACAUAGGUUGCCUAAAUUACGUAGUAUGGGAACGAGGAUAAAGAAAAUCACAGCAUUGUAACAAAUUGCCUGUAACUGCAUUGCAAAAGCAAACGUCUCCCACGAGAUCUUAGAAAGGUGUGUUUGAGGGUGUAAUCUUAGCUUGUGGUUCAGGGGAGCCCAACUUGUUUUUCAAGUUCGUCUUGAGUAACUUUGUUCUUUCUGGAAUGCUUGCCAUCCUCAGUAUGACAGAGUUUGCUUGAUGACAAACUCUUUUACUCUGCUGUACAUACCGUGGCCACUGAACUGGUUUGUUUAUUUGCCUGGGGUAAAUGAUUGAAAUGCACUCCCUUUUGCAGCUGAGCUCUUGUUCCCUGGGCUCCCUAGUGGUGAGCCAGACCCAAGUCUAGCCUCACAGUGGCCCUUGAGCUCACACUACCCUCUGCCCCCACAAGGACCAGGGGUGUGGACAUGGUUUCCUGAGCUCAUGGGCUCUAUCCUUCGGUGGUGCUGCCCCAGUGGGUGCGUGCUAGCAGAAUGUGAUACUGGCAGGAUAGCCAGAUCUGUGCACGUAAGAGAAUGGUCGAGGCUCUGUUUCAGUUUAAUUUGUUAAUGAAACAAGACGGAGCGCAUUUUCCCUUCCCGCACACCUCUCGGGCUGUUUGAGAUGAGGCACAAUUAAUUUAUUUGUACUGUCUGCGGAGGCGUAUGCCGGCUAAUGUAGUGCAAGAGCUUUUAUCUUUAUGUUUGUAAUGAAGAGGGGCAGGCUGCUGGCAAACUGACAAGGAGUGCUGAUGACUCAUUCUCUGCAUGCAGAGAGCUUUCUUCUGAAAUCAUAAAAUGCGCGCGCACACGCAAGCCUGGUUCCUGUUUGAGAUGGGCAGAACCUGUUUGGGAAAGUUCAGCUGCUUCUGAAACACUGUGGGGAGAAGAAAGAAAAGGCCGGCGAGGCCGUGUCUGCAGCUUCCGGGCCUGGCCUGACCGAGGGCAGGGUCUCUGCUUGCUCUGUGGGCACCUGCCCUGGGAUGGGAACUCCCAGCCUCAGCCUCGCCUGGCCUCUCCUCCUCGCUGGCUCCUUGGUGCUUGUCCUUUGUGCUCCAGUUUAUUUUCUUGAAAAGGCUCCAGGCUUCGGCUUGGAAAAUCCCACCGCCAAAAUUGAGCCCAGCAGCUGGAGCGGCAGCGAGAGCCCUGCCGAAAACAUGGAAAGGAUGAGUGACUCCACAGAUAAGCCAAUUGACAAUGACGCAGAAGGGGUCUGGAGCCCUGACAUCGAGCAGAGCUUUCAGGAGGCCCUGGCUAUCUAUCCGCCAUGUGGGAGGAGGAAAAUCAUCUUAUCGGAUGAAGGCAAAAUGUAUGGUAGGAAUGAAUUGAUAGCCAGAUACAUCAAACUCAGGACAGGGAAGACGCGGACCAGAAAACAGGUGUCUAGUCAUAUACAGGUCUUAGCAAGAAAGAAAGUUCGAGAAAUUCAAGCCGCCAUUAAGGUGUCUAGUCACAUUCAGGUUCUUGCCAGAAGGAAAUCUCGUGAUUUUCAUUCCAAGCUAAAGGUAACAAGCAUGGAUCAGACUGCAAAGGAUAAGGCCCUGCAGCACAUGGCGGCCAUGUCCUCAGCCCAGAUCGUCUCGGCCACUGCCAUUCACAACAAGCUGGGGCUGCCUGGGAUUCCACGCCCCACCUUCCCGGGGGCGCCGGGGUUCUGGCCGGGAAUGAUCCAAACAGGGCAGCCAGGAUCCUCGCAAGACGUCAAGCCCUUCGUGCAGCAGGCCUACCCCAUCCAACCAGCGGUCACGGCCCCCAUUCCAGGGUUUGAGCCUGCGUCAGCCCCAGCUCCCUCGGUCCCCGCCUGGCAGGGCCGAUCCAUUGGCACAACCAAGCUUCGCCUGGUGGAAUUUUCAGCUUUUCUUGAACAGCAGCGAGACCCAGACUCGUACAACAAACACCUCUUCGUGCACAUUGGGCAUGCCAACCAUUCUUACAGUGACCCAUUGCUCGAAUCAGUGGACAUUCGUCAGAUUUAUGACAAAUUUCCCGAAAAGAAAGGUGGCUUAAAGGAACUGUUUGGAAAGGGCCCUCAAAAUGCCUUCUUCCUCGUAAAAUUCUGGGCUGAUUUAAACUGCAAUAUUCAAGAUGAUGCCGGGGCUUUUUAUGGUGUAACCAGUCAGUAUGAGAGUUCCGAAAAUAUGACAGUCACCUGUUCCACCAAAGUUUGCUCUUUUGGGAAGCAAGUAGUAGAAAAAGUAGAGACGGAGUAUGCAAGGUUUGAGAAUGGCCGAUUUGUAUACCGAAUAAACCGCUCCCCGAUGUGUGAAUAUAUGAUCAACUUCAUCCACAAGCUCAAACACUUACCAGAGAAAUAUAUGAUGAACAGUGUUUUGGAAAACUUCACAAUUUUAUUGGUGGUAACAAACAGGGAUACACAAGAAACUCUCCUCUGCAUGGCCUGUGUAUUUGAAGUUUCAAAUAGUGAACAUGGAGCACAACAUCAUAUUUACAGGCUUGUAAAGGACUGAACAUGGUUAUUUAUAUAUAUAGAUAUCUGUAUAUACACACGUAUGUGCACACACACACUCUCUCUCCAUUAUCGAACGACUGACUGUAAACCUCACCACACAGGGUGGUGCCCUGGCCCCCGAGGUCACCCCAACUUUUCUAAAUCCUGUUUGAGUGAAGUCAUCUUUUCAUGUGUUCAUACUAUCAUUGUAGCUGUGAAGUUCUGGUACAGUUGUAAAAAGAGAAAUUGAGUUGUUUUUAUGUGUUGUUCAGAUCUGCAGCCCACAAUUCCUCGGGAAAGGUGAACCUUAACAACCCAAGUCUCUCUCUGCAGAGCCCUGUUUCUAAUUGUGGUAGAAAAUAUUGAGACAGAGCGUUUGCCAUGGGACAUUUACAGCCUUUAUACAAAUGUAUUUAGUUCUCUUUUUUCCAACAUAAAAUUCUUGUUUUAAGAUACAAGUAAAAUUAAUCUUUAAAUAUAAAUGUAAAUUAGUACACAAAACUAAGAAUCUUUAGACUUAUCUUUGUAACUAAUUAGGGUGGAAGUUAUGAAAGAAUGUAAUUCACUAAAUUAUUUUUUAAAUGAAACCUUUCUUUCUUUUUGAAACCAAAUGUUAAACUAUAGCCUUAAGAAAUGCUUGGUAGAAAUAUCCUAAUGAGACAAAUUUGUACUUUUUUCCUCAAGGUUAAAACUAAUCUCCUAAUCCAUUAAACUCUUGAACAGGUAUUACAAAGGAAGAAAACUUCACCCCUUAUCCUUAACAUAUAUAGUAUAUUUAAAAAUAUAAAAUUGUAUUGUACUAAUGUGAUGAUUGAUUAUUUAAUGAAAAAAAUGGCUCUUUUUGCAAUAAGUAGAUAAAUACUGAAAAAUCUAAACUUACAAUGUUUAUAGUCUUGUGUGUGCAGUUAUAUUUUAUUAUGGACAGCCAAAUUUUUUUAUUAAGAUGAGUAAAUAUUUGAACCACUGAAAUUUAAUAAUGAAAUUUUUAAAUUGGCAUGAAUACUGCACUGUGAGAUGCAAAGUAUACCAGAAUCCUGUGGCUGGGAGAAAAUUUCAUUGACCAGGCAAGUGAAAGGCUCAUCAGUUUCAGCAUCUCUGCUCCUUAGAAAAUUGUAAGCAUCCUCACCAGCCUGUGGAUAACUUCUUUAUUUCUGGUGACCUGAUAUGCAUAUUAACAUCUAUUUAGUGUCACUCAGUUUGCUUAGGUGCUGACAUGUAUGUAUAUCUCAAUCUGUGUCUAUAGACUUAGGUAUAUCCUCUCUAAAGACAUCCAUUUCCUUAUCUCUCAGUAAGUCACAGUACUUGUUUGACUUAGUUUUAACAGACCCAAUUGUCUAUCUCUGACCUUUUCAAACAGGCUCAUUUGGAAGCUUCUCUAUCUAGGAGAGAUUCAAUUUUGCAAUCCAAAUAUUCCAAAGCAUCACCCAGGCAGAGUUGGUUUGAUGUGGCCGCAUGUCUCGGGUUAUCUCCAUAAGAGUUUCCUCUGGGAAAGAAUAGAGGGUGCCCCUCCAACUUCUCAGAGGAAAAUGAUGUUGUUAUAAGUGGUAGGAAUAUGCUAACACAAUAGAACAUGAAAUAAGUUUUGUAACUUGUAAAACAUGUCAAGAUUUUUUUUUUUUACCAAGCCAGAAAAUAAAAACUUAGUUUGACCACAUCCAAGUAACUUAUACACCCCCUUCCCUGUCCCACCACCUGCUUUGCCCCAGCUUGUACACUGGUCAGUAUCUUGUGGUUACGAGCAUGAAGGUGUGACUAGCUUGUGGCGAACAGAAAAGCACUGGACUAAGCCUAACCUCUCACACAUGCACCACUGGUCACUGGGAAGACUGGAGGAGAAUGUGCAGAGCCCUCCCCAUUUAGAAUGCCCACCCCAUACCUAGACCAGCAGGACGGUGCUGCUCUUCCCUCCUGGUUCCAGGCCAGCCUUGGAAGGAUUGCCCCUGUCGUCCACUCUGCAUCUGGCUUAUGGCUUCUUUCAUGGUCAUCACAUUUAUAAUGACUUCUAUUGGAUACCCCUCUUGGGGAUGUUUCUUUUGUCCCUAUUUCCUGCAUCUUUCCUCAAGGGAACCCCCAUUCCCUCCCAGGACGAGGUCUAUAAGACUGGGUACAAAUGGCUAAAAGCUAGACCAUCCCAACACUUCAGGGGAGAGAUUAUCUGGUUCAUAUUCCCACAGGGGAAUGGGGCUCUUUGCUGCCAAGAGAGCUCUUGGGAUUUAUUUUUCAAAGCACAAAAAGUCUGGGACCCUUAGAAGACCAGCUAGAGGACAACUCUGUUGGUUACAGAGAAGGGCACACCCCAGUCUGCUGACCUCACAGAGUCAGCUGGGCCCUCGGAUGCUUCACCACCCACAUCUUCCUCCUGAAUGCGUUU